AUGUCUUUAUAUCCUUUACAAAGAUUCGAGUCGAAUGACACGGUUUUCAGCUACACGUUGAACUCCAAGCCUGAGCUGGUCAGCGAGGGCCGUAAUAAUGACGACCAACGCUUCACUCUCCAACUCAUACCAAACGCAAACGCCAAUGCUAAAGAAAUUUAUAAUAACAACAUCGAAAUCAUCAAUGAUCUAACAGGCAACACUAUUGCCGAUGGAUCAGCAAUCGCUACGACAUCGAACCAGCAGGAAAGGAGGCUUUCAAUAUCGGAUUAUCGUACCGAGAACGGCAACUAUUACGAAUACGAGUUUUUUGGUAAAGCGGAAUUUAACGRGCCACUAUUUAGUAACAAUGUCGUGGAAGAUGACGGGGAGAAUGACGUCGACGUGAACAACAACAACGACAGUGAUGUAUUGAUGGUAAGCGAUGAUGAUUUGGAACUCGACGAAAGAUUCUCCUUCCAUAAACAGCAGUCUCUUGACGGACUAAAUGGGGUCACUAGCACUAAUACCUUAAAGAAUCUAGAAAUUCAUGAGUUUAUAAUAGCUCCAAUCGAUAAUAACGAUGAUGAUCUCGAGGAUUCAUUUGCUAAUGCGCCUCAAUCAAAGAAGAAAGUAAAGGACUACUUCAAACUAAACAUAUUUGGCACAAAUAGUAGUAGCAAUAGCAACAACAAUAGCCUGGGUCCCGAACUUACUUCAAACGAAGUCUCUCCCUCACAAAAAAUGUUCAAGAAUAGAUUUUUCAGAAGCAGGAAAAGUACUCUUAUCAAGACCCAUUCUCUUGAACAAGAAAACGAAGUACUAAUAAACUCCGCCUUUGAAUCGUCUUUAAGUGAUGAUAACGACGAAGAUGAUCAUGCCAUUAUAAAUCCUUUGAAAUUGCUUGGUAAUAAUAAGGAAGCUUCUACUCAAAUCGCAAGUAAAAUCUCAACGAAUCCGUUCAAGUCAAACAACGAUUUUGAAGUACCCGAACCAAUCUCAGAUCCAAGCGAUGAUUCAAAGAAAGAUCUACUAUCUGUUAUAUCAGGGUCUUCCUCUCCUUCUUCUCCUUCUGCACCAUCACCUUCAAUGUCGUCCUCCUUCUCGUCUCAUAGUCUAAUAUCAAGAAAGAAGGCAGGUAGCACGCAAAAGACCCGUGGAAGAAAACCCUCUUUAAUCCCAGAUGCUACAAAACAAUUCGGUUGUGAAUUUUGUGAUCGGAGAUUCAAAAGACAAGAGCAUCUUAAGAGACAUGUUAGAUCUUUACAUAUGUGCGAGAAACCUUUCACUUGCCACAUUUGUAAUAAGAAUUUCAGUAGAAGUGACAAUUUAAACCAACACGUUAAAACUCACACCUCUUUAUAA